AGAAGAGCAGCUUUGGGGGAAGGCUGUGCGCUUCUGAGGUGUAAAUUGGGUAUUCCAUUUCCUAUACUGUAGUUCACCGGUGUUUUACCACUGUUUUUCCAUCCCCUUCUCGCCAACCAAAAUGCCGGCCGAAAGUUUGAGAUGGGAGACGCUGGAAGCUUUGAAAAACUCACCGAAAGCAAAAAUCAAAUAUAGCCCAGACUGGCUUGGAAAGGGGGAGGACAUUUUAGACCGCUGUAAAGAGGUAACUAGCCUGUCUCCUCUCUCUGAACAAGUUCUAAAGAGACUCAGCCCUCGGUCUGUGCUGAAAAGUGGUUUCUGCUUGGAUUCCAUGAUCCCUGACGUGAGUACAUUUGAAGAUAGCCUCAAUUCUGGUUCAGCUGCUGUUAAAAUGUUCCAUACAAUCGCCACUACGUCAUCCACAUCACCACUGUUACUCACUAUUGAAAAUGAGAUGAAGUUGACUGAAAAAUCAGAGAGUUUAGGCUCCACUUGGGACAUGUGCAGCCAUUCACCACCACCACCCAUCUCCCUCCUCUCACCUAAGGCCACUCAGAUGGCUGGCUGCAUCCGCAUCUGUGAGAAGAAACAUUGGGCUAAAGCCAAGGCAGAGCUGAACCUGAGGCAGGAACUGCAAGAGUGUUUAGUGGCUAGUGUUGCCAGUCGGGAGUCAGAGCAGCUUAAACGCUUUGAGGAAUUCAUGGAGCUUAAGCAGAGACAAGAGUACCAGACCAUGAGGGACAUGAUUGCAAAGGAAACACAGGAAAGCCUUGGACGUCAGGAGAAGUUAAAGGAAGAACACAGACAUAGAACGAAGAUCCUAAACCUGCGGCUGCGAGAGGCAGAACAACAGAGGCUGAGGGAGGCAGAGCUUGAGCGGCAAAGGCAGCUGGAGGGCAGGGAUAGGCUGAGAGCACUCAAUGCGAUUCAGGAAGAGGUGCUUCGGCUCAAUCAGCUCCUAGAACCGACACCAUACACACACACAAACCCCACCUUGGACUACACUUCUUACGUCACCCGUGGCAACCAGCUUUGCUCACAGGUUUCAGAGGUGGUACGCACUACGACUGAAGGACAGUUUCCAACUGUUGAAGACAUGACUGUGGUAGAACGGGCCCUACAGGAAAUGAGAACACUGGUUCGAGCCAUCCAGGAGGAGGUUGCUCAGGCACAAGACAAAAAAAAUAAGCAAGAGGAAGAAGAGUGUGGGAAAAAACAGGCUGAAAUGAAAAUCCAGCAAGAAGAACAGAAAAAAAGUGCAGAAUUAUCUUUUAAAGAGAGAGCCAAAAAACAAGGCCUGCAGACUAUUGCUGAUGACAGCACCUUGAAAUGGUACAAAGGACUACAAAGUUUGACCAGCUGCUGCAUCCAGUCCUUUGAAGAUUUGAACAACACGAAGGAUAUGCAGACAAAAAAAUUGAGAAUGGAGCUUCAGAAAGCUGCAACAAUUCCUGUAAGCCAGAUCUCCAGUAUUUCAGGUUCUCAGCUGAAGGAGAUUUUUGACAAGAUUGACAAACUGUUAUCAGGACGACCAGUUGUGUCUGGUGGAAAGUCAAUUUCAACAUCCCAGCAUCCUCAUGGGCUGGAAUUUGUGAGCUAUAAAUUAGCAGAAAAGUUUGUGAAACAAGGAGAAGAGGAGGUGGCAUCUCACCAUGAAGCUGCAUUCCCCAUUGCAGUUGUGGCUUCAGGUGUGUGGGAGUUGCACCCUAAAGUAGGAGACCUCAUCUUGGCCCAUCUUCACAAGAAGUGCCCAUAUACUGUUCCUCACUACCCACCAAUGAAGGAUGGCACCUCCAUUGAAGAAUAUCAGCAGAUUCUAGGAUAUCGUGUGGCUGAGUCAGGGGUAGAAGGUCAGGACAGUUUCUUAAAAAGGAUGUCUGGAAUGAUUCGACUUUAUGCAGCCAUAAUACACCUAAGAUGGCCUUACACUAACAAACAAGGGGCUGCUCCUCAUGGACUAAAUCAUGGUUGGCGUUGGUUGGCUCAGAUGCUGAACAUGGAACCUCUUGCUGACAUUACAGCAACUCUUCUGUUUGACUUUCUCGAGGUUUGUGGAAAUGCACUUAUGAAACAAUACCAAGGGCAGUUUUGGAAACUACUUCUCCUCAUCAAAGAGGAAUACUUUCCCAGGAUUGAAGCAGUCACCAACAGUGGUCAGAUGGGCUCUGUAACAAGACUUAAGCAGUUUCUGGAGAAUUCCUUAAGAAACAAGCAGAUUGAGCCACCCAAAGGGCAACUUGGCUCAGCCUUCUGGAGAUCCUGAGGGUUUUGACUGUUCAUCUGUCAAUCUACCACAGUACACCAUGUUAUACACAAUCCGUUUUCUCACUAUUCUGUGUGAACUAUAGUCUGGUGUGUGUGUGAGAGAGAGAGAAAAUACUUGGGCAUCAGCAGUUUCUGAAAUAUGCAAAUUAGAGCAUUUGCCAUGGUCAGAGAGAUCACUUGUAUAAUUAAAAAAAAAAAAAAAAACCACACACACCCCACUCUGUUGUGAACAUUUCCCUUCAACCCUAGACCUGUAUCUGCAUGAUAUGUUGUUGCCGUCAUGAAUGUGAAGAGGUGCAGGUGUUUCUAUUAAAGUAGCCUGUGUUUCAUGAUGCAUUUUA